AUGGAAACGAAUCUCUUCAAUUUUUGCAGUCAAAACACAUUAACUCAAACUCAAACUCAACCACACACCACAGCUCAGCCCACCCCCGUCAGGCACAGCUUGGCGCGGGCGGUGGCGCGGGCGGUUAAGCGGCAGACACAAGUGACGCAAGUAGUGCAAAGUGUAUAUGAUGAUGAGGAUUAUCUUUUUGCUUUGAUUGCAGGAAAAGAUUAUAAUAAUGACAAUAAAUGCAAAACUAAACUAGAAAAAUACUGCAAAGAAUUUGAAAAUUUAAAUAUAAAUAAAGAAAAAAUACAUAAAAAACUUAAUGAUUUCUGUGAAAGAAAUAAAGCUCAAGAAAAAUGCCAAAAACUAAAAUCUAAAAUUGAAAAUAAACGCAACACAUUCAAAUCAAAAUUAGAAAAAGUAGUCCAAAAAGAAGUAUCAAACUUAGAAAGCAGUGAUUGUGUAAAUGAACAGGAAUGUCUCUUUUUGGAGGAAGCAUUCCCUAAUGAUCUUAAAGAUAAUUGUAACACUUUAAGAAAUAAAUGUUAUCAAAAGAAGCGUGAUAAAGUGGCUGAAGAAACUCUUUUGAGGGCACUUAAAGGAAAUCUUCAAGAUAAAAAUAAGUGUAGGAAGGAGAUUGAAAAUGUUUGCCGCACAUUGGGUCAAGAAAAUAACGAGUUGAUGCAAAGGUGUUUAAAUCUAGAGUCUACAUGUCUAUCACUAGUACAAGCAGCAGAAGAAAAAUGUAACUCUCUGAAAACAGAGAUAAAGAAUGUACUAGAACCUAGUGGUGACUUAGAAAAAAGAGGGCAUUCUUUACUUGAAAAAUGUUAUUUUUAUGGAAAAAAUUGCAAAGACUCAAAUAAACCAGAAUGUGAAAAACUCAUAAACAAAACUAAAAAAAAAAAGAUUAUUUACAAAGGGCCAGGUUCAGAUUUUGAUCCUACAAAACCAGAAGCUACGUUAGCAGAAAAAAUAGGUUUGGAAGAACUUUACAAAGAAGCGGCGACACAGGGAGUUCUAAUUGGAAGAGCACCAGAAAGAGAUGCUCUUGAUUUAUUAGUAUUUCUAUCAGAGAAAACCAGUUUUAGUGAAGACCAAUGUAAGAAAGUGCUUGCUACUAAAUGUGGUUCCUUUAAGCAUCUUGAAGAAGGUCUAAAAACUUUAUGUGACAAUGAAACUCAGCAUGAAAAUAAAUGUAAAGUAUUUGAAAAAGAAUUUAAAGAAAUAAAAGCCGCUUUGACUGCAAAGUUUAAAAAAUUUGGAGAUGAAAUCGAGUUAUGGAACAAAUUACCGAGCUUUCUUACUGAAGAUGAAUGUGUUGAAUUAGAAUCAGACUGUUUUUAUUUCGAAAAUCAGUCUUUUGAAAAACAAUGUAAGAAUGUUAAGGCAGCGUGCUACAAAAAAGGGCUCUAUGCAUUAGCAAACCAAGAAUUGCAGGACAAGCUUCGAGGAAAGUUUCAUGGUACAAAUGAUACAUCGUUUGAGAAGCUUCAAAAAGAGUUAGUAAAGGUGUGUGCGGAUUUGAAAAAAAAAAGCAACGAGUUAUAUAUGUUUUGUGUCCAGCCAGAUAGUACAAUUUCUAUACUUUUAGGGGAUUUACAUUUUAAAGUGGAUCUAUUGCAGGAACAUUUGAAUGCAAGACGAGAUCUUCCUACGGAACGAGAUUGCAGGAUAUUAUUGAAAAAAUGCAAAGAUCUAGUUCAGGAUUCUGAAGAAAUUGAAUGGCCUUGUCAUACACUCAAACAGAAUUGUGAUCGUUUAAGGGUUGUAGAGCAAUUGGAAGAAAAAUUUUUGGAAGAAAAAACGAAAAAAUUAGAUGACUCAGAUUCAUGUAUAGGAAAGAUUGAUCAACAAUGUCGUGAAUGGAAUAGAAAAGGAAGAGCGCAGUUUGCUCUCGCAUGUGUAGCACAGAAUACUACUUGCAAGAUUCUUACAGAAAGCGUAGAUUCUAAGUGUACUACAUUGAAGGCACGUAUGGAAACAAGUAAGGUUGUAGAAGCUGCAAAAGAAAAGAAUACAAUGGAAGAAACAUGUGAUUCUUGGGAACCCUAUUGCAGAAAAUUCAUGUCAAGUUGCCAAAAUCUAACGACUGUUGGUGGUGGAAAAUGUGAUGAGCUUAACAAGGAAUGCGAACCAUAUCGUAUACAAAGAAAUCGUGAAGAUCAAGCUAUGCUUGAGCUUAAAGGAAAGCUUGAUAAUAAAAAUAACUGUGUGGCAACUCUUAACCAAUAUUGCACACAAUGGGUAAAUGCAACCAACGGACUUGAAACUUUGUGCAAAAAAAAAGAUGAAAAGGACGAAGACGUUAGAAAUAAACUCUGCAAGAAGCUGAUUGAACGAAUAAAAGAAAAAUGUAAAGGAUUAUCGGAAAAACUCGAAAAGGUUAAAAACGAAAUAAAAGAAAAAAAUAAAGAAUAUGAGGGUAUUAAAAAGAAAGCAGAAGAUGCAAUGGAAAAAGCGAAUCUUGUUUUAUCAAAAGUGAAAGAAUCUCAUAAUAAAUCUGUGAAUAAAUCGGUACCUAGUGAACCUAAAGGAGAAGAAAACAAGGUAGAAUUUAAACUUAUAAGAAGAGAUACAAAGCUGCAAGUAACAGAAAAAGAGUUACAUGCAUUUGAUUUGGUAUCACAAGCGUUCAGUUUAUAUGUAGAGUUGAAGGAGAUAUGCCAUCACUCACUGAAAGAUUGUGAUUUCAAAAAAGAGUGUAAAUGUGAGGAUCCAUGUGAAAAGAUACAAGGAAUAUGUUCGAAAUUAGAGCCAUUGAAAGUGAAGCCAUACGAAAUAACAACUAAAAAUGUAACAACAACAACCACAACUACAACGACGACAACAACAACCGUUACAGAUCCAAAAGCAACAGAAUGUAAAUCUCUUAGCACAACAGACACGUGGGUCACAAAGACGUCGACCCAUACUAGCACAUCUACAACCACAUCUACAGUCACGUCAAGAAUAACGUUGACUUCGACGAGGCGGUGUAAGCCUACGAAGUGUACGACAGGAGAGGAAGAUGAAGCAGGUGAGGUGAAGCCGAGUGAAGGGUUGAGGAUGAGUGGGUGGAGUGUGAUGAGGGGGGUGCUAGUGGUAAUGAUGAUUUCAUUCAUGAUUUAA